UUUUCUUAGAUGCACAUGUAUUAUGUAUAUAGACCCUGAGGAAGAAUUUAUAUCCGUGCUGCAUGUACUUUAAAACCAAAAAACAAAAUAUUAUUAUUUUACAGUAUCAUGUGCAACAUUGACCAAUCCAUCUAGUGGCCAGGUAACACUGACUACAAAUGGAGGAACAACUACGGCUAUCUAUACGUGUGCAAGUGGAUACACGUUGCAAGGGGACACAACCAGAACUUGUCAGUUAGACGGUACCUGGGAUAACUCUGUGCCAACCUGUUCUUGUAAUCAACCAAAUAGCCCCGCUAACGGUGCAGUGGUAGCAAACGGUGUCAACGCUACAUAUACGUGUAAAGUUGGUUUCACUUUAAACGGUAACGACGAAAGGACGUGUCAAACUGACGGUUCUGGCUGGAGUAACCAAGAUCCUGGGUGUUCUUUGUGUACUCCUCUGUCAUCUGUUACUGACGGGUCAUAUAGUACGUCAACAACUGGUACGGUUUCUUCCGCUAAAUAUUCAUGUCAGAUAGGUUACAGUUUAGAUGGUGUUAUCACCAUAACUUGCCAAUCAGACGGCUCAUGGACCAAGUCACCACCCACGUGCAAUGUCUGUGCGACUCUGUCCUUACCUAUGGGCGGCACUGUAGCAAUGACUUCGAAUGGUAUAAACACGCAAGCAGCAUACACGUGUUUCAGCGGGUACACGUUAUAUGGUAUGUCGCUUAUCACGUGCAGAAGCGAUGGAUCAUGGGACUUUACUGCACCAACGUGCUUAACAUGUCCGAAUUUGUCUGAUCCGGAUAGUGGUACACUUACAGUGACAACAACCGGUUCCGUUACAACAGCAACAUUUAGCUGUCAAACAGGAUAUUAUCUUAGUGGAGAAUCUACUCUGACGUGUGGUUCUGACGUUGCGUGGAGCAGUGAUGUUCCGACUUGUAAGUGUAAUUUUCCUGCUCAACCAAGUAACGGAGAUGUGUCAGUAUCCGGGACUGGUUCGGUGGCAACAUACUCGUGUGAUACCGGAUACUCCCUUAAUGGACUGUCUGCAAGAACCUGUCAGACAGACGGUAGUGGCUGGGAAAACACGGACCCGACAUGUAAUGAAUGUCAAACAGUAACAAAUCCGGCGUCUGGACUGUUCAGUUUAAGUUCAAAUGGAACGCAUACGUCAGUGAGGUAUACAUGUAACGUCGGCACAACGUUAAACGGUGUUAAUGUACAAGUUUGUAUGAAUGAUGGUUUGUGGGAGGCUGCCCCGCCAAUUUGUGUUUGUCAGCCGCCAAAUGCUAUCAUUAACGGUAAUUUCGACCUGCUUGACAACGGGAUGCUAGCAAAUUAUUCGUGCGAUCCUUCCUACAAGCUUGUAGGACCACAACAACGGCUUUGUCUAAAUGACGGCACGGGUUGGAAUGGAACAGAGCCUCGAUGUGAUUUGAUUAUCAUAACUACACCAAGAGCGGGUAAAUCUCAAGAAGAAACAGUUCUGCCAAUACCAACAGCAGCGUUUGUCGUUAUUUGUGUCAUUGUGUUUAUCAUUUUGGUAGUUUCUAUUGUCGGGUCCAUCUGCUGGUACCUGAGAUACAAGAAAGUCAGUCAGCGCGUUGGGACUGUGUUUGAUUCUAGUGACAAUAGAACGACAAGCACUCUUGAUGAGGCUCGUUUUAAUUAUGAGUCUACGGAUAUAGAAGAUGGAAAUCUACUUAUUGCAAUAUCAUUAGAACAAACCAAGCCGUUUUGUAAUGCGAAGUCACUGACGAGAAAAAAAUCACGAUUAUCACUGGAAACUAACAAAACAGAAGAAGAAAUUAGGUCUAAGCAGACUAGUUCACAAACAAAAAUAGAUUUAAACCAAAAUGGCGGCAUAUUGACCGCCGAAAACGGUGCAGUUACCGAAACCGCCAUGUAA